AUGAAUAUAGAUAUUAAAAUAUUUAGAUUUGUAUUUAAUAAUGUUGUCAUUAGAUCACGUAUAUUUAGAAAUGUAUCGAUAAUACAUCGACAAUUGGGAUUGGUUGUAAUCAAAAGAGGCGAUAUCAUAUCAUUGUAUCAAUGUGUAAAGUUUGGUCAGAAUGAUCUAUUUGUUCAAAACUUUAAACAAGUAUUUGAUCAGAUGUUACAAUGUCAUGAAAUAGCAAGAUUCGAUCCCUAUCUUAGAUAUGUACCAGUACCAUUUCAAACUAUUAUAAAUAAUCUACCUAGAUCAAAUGAAUUUAUAAUUGGUUAUUUAUUAGAUCAAUUGACUAUGAUUCAAGAUGAUUAUCUACCAAACAGCAGUGGUGGCAGUAAUAAUAAGGCAAAUCUAUCAAAAUAUAAUAUGAUUCAACUAUUGAAAACAGAAUCUAUUAAAAUUAUUCAAUCAAUGUCUAUAAGAAGAGAUAAAAAUAAUACCUCUACUACUGGAGAUGAUGAAGAUGAAUUGACUCUAGAAGAUUGUGGUGAUAACAAUUUAGAUCAUGCAUUGAUAAAUUGUAAUAAGGUGGUGAUCGAAGAAUACCUAGAGGAAAUGGGUAAAGCAGCAAACGAUGGUAAAAAGAUACAAUAUUUCUUUGAUUUAUUUGGACAUGGAGAGUUUGCAUUGACAGUGAUUGAAAAGUAUGGUUACAUCUUUGACAAUCUAACAACAACAAAGUGGAAUUUGGAAACCAUCAAAAACUACCCAAUCACUAUCGAUUUGUUGAAACGAUUAAUGUCAUACCGAUCGGUUAAAUGUAACCUUGGAUCUAUUCAAGUGGAUGCAAUUGAAUCUGCUGACGACACUGCAUACGAGGUGGUUGAAUGGAUUGAAGAUCAAAUCCUAUCUGAUACGGUUGAACCAGAGGACAAACACAUCAAAUAUGUUGAGGCUUUGAAAGCUGCCAUUUCAACAAACAAGUAUGAAUGUGUUCGACUGUUGGUAUCACAUUAUGAAAAGAGAUGGAAUCGACAUCAUCAUGGUGACGUUCAUUUGACGAUCAAAGAGUUCCAGACAGCCAGCGAGGAGAUUCAAGAAUACCUAUUUUCAACGUUUACGCCCGACCAAAUAUUUGUCGAUUUCCACUUGCCAUCAACUAGCAUCAAACUCAAGCAAGAGCAAACGACGAUAAACAUUAUGAACAAGUAUCGUCAUCUUGUUGCUGGUACCACUCCUUUAAGUUUCCGGGAUGCUCGAAACCUGUCUCGUAUCAUAACCGUUGCCGUUCAAAGCAACGACCUAGAGUUGUGUCAAAAACUACAAGCCCAUUCAAACUUUGCAGCACCUUUUCAAACUAGUCGCACCGUCAUUGACAUUGAAAUUAUAAAGUUGGCUGGCACCAAACUAUCUCGAUACGAUUUAAAUAUGCUUGCUCAUGUUGCCAUUAGAAAUUGUGAUAGUUGGUCACACACUACACACGCCACUAAUUACUCAUUGUUUGAGUAUCUAGACUUUUUACAAAAAAUGGCUAUGCCUUCUUCUUCUUCUAAUGCCGCAACUAUAGUCACAGAACCGACACUACAAACUGGAUUAUUCACGACCAAGUUUUUGGCAAGUGCUCCAAAUGAAAAGAUUCUAGAGUAUAUAUGGAAUGCAUGUGGAGAUAAAGCAUCGUACAGUACAAUAGAGAAAAGCAUGACUUUGACACCACAACUUGUCGAACGGUUGAUACAACUGCAUUACAACUAUCAUCAAGAUGCUGGAAACGACAUUUCCAAACAUCAACUCACAAUUGACGCUGAAUAUUUAAACAAUGAUCACCAAGACUGGAUUCCAACCAUUGACACAAUCUACCCAAUUGGCAUUACAAAGCUAUCUAAUACUAAAGUAUGGAAUAUUUUCAAACAAACUAAACUCUCUAUUCCAUACUUGAUCGAUAAACUAAUAAAUAAUAAUAAUGAUAACAAUAUUAAUAAUAAAGAAGCUUUGUUUUUUGCAAAUGUUGUUGAAACUGUUGUUGAAACUGUUGGUCUUGUUGUUGAAACUGUUGCAACAGCCGGUUUUGUUGUUGCAAAUAUUGUUGCAACUGUUGGUCUCUUUGUUGCAACUGUUGUUGCAACAGCUGGUUUUGUUGUUGCAACUCUUGCAUUUCUGGUAGCUAUUUAA